AACGGUUGUGUCAGGGGGGUGUGUGCGUGUCGUUGUAACAAAAUAUUAAAACAUUAUACAUGGAAUUGCUUAAAAACCAAGUUUAUAAUAUAAUAUUAAACGGAUUUAAGUGUCGUGCGUGUUCCGUAUUGUACGCUUGUGUAUUUUCGGGCAAAACAUGAGCAUCGGUUUGCCGUCUGGCGCGUGCUGUUCAAGGCGAAUGUGUGGCACAAAGCAAAAGACGCGCUGAAUGAGCGUGCAAGCGCUGAGAGAUACAAAAAUAAAUGUAAAUAAAUAAACAAAAGCAGUCUGUUAAAUUCCUAACAACAGUAGUUGUUCGCGUGUGACGGGCAGAAACUAAACGCUUGUGAGCCCGAAAUCGUACUUCCUAUCGAUAUGGGCUGCCAAAAGUGAGCGAUAGGUGGCGCUGCUUGCUAUCGGACAAUGACUGGGCGGCAUUUGUUUGGCAUUUUCGUGGAAUUAUGUAAUUGUUGUCCCGUUGAAUUAUUUAGCUGGCGCUUAAGUCCAACCAUCGGUUAAUCAAAAUUGCGAUUGUUAAGAAAACUGUGGCCCUAUGGAACAUGCCCGGGGAUAUGCAUAAGAACGUUUCCGUACAAGUUGACAGUGAUUUUGCUUUGUUACUACCAAGCGGUGUUUAUGAGAUUAAAAAAAUGGAACCACGCUCAAAAAUACGAACAAUUAUUGUAUUUUGCCUAUUUUUAGCCAUAGCGGGCAUCAUUGGAUUCGGCUAUUUCUGUCAAGAUCAGGUAUGUGCGCUCUCCAAACGCGCCGUAAUACUUCAGUCCUCAGACAUGAUGGCCUACAAUGAGCUGCAGCCCGUGGCGCUGCAUCAGGCCGGCAACAACAAUAACAAUAAUAAUAAUGCGGGCGGCAGCACGGCGAUUGCGUCGAAAGCCUCAGCCCUACAGAAUAUUAUAGCCAAUGCAGGACUGAGCUAUGAAGAUGUGCUGAACGAUGAUUUCCAGUUCGAUAUGGAUGGACACGAUGUAAUGGUAUUUUUGCAUAUACAAAAAACAGGCGGCACCUCCUUUGGACGGCAUCUGGUGCGCGACUUGGACCUGAAGCGUCCUUGUGAGUGCCAGCGUCAGCGCAAGCGUUGCUAUUGCUUCCGUCCGCAUCGCAAUGAGAAUUGGCUCUUCUCCAGAUACUCGACGGGUUGGAAGUGCGGCCUGCACGCCGACUGGACCGAGCUGACCAGCUGUGUGGACGUUGAGCUGGACAAGAACGAGGGUGAGACGGCCAAACGUCGCUAUUUUUACAUCUCGCUGCUGCGCGAACCGAUCUCCCGCUAUAUGUCCGAGUACCGACAUGUGCGACGCGGCGCCACCUGGAAGGGAUCGCGGCACUGGUGCCUGGGCCGACAGGCAACGGCAGUCGAGCUGCCGCCCUGCUAUAAAGGCAAGGAUUGGCUGGACGUGGAUCUCGAUCAGUUUGCCGGCUGUGAGUCGAAUCUGGCUGCCAAUCGGCAGACCCGCAUGCUGGCCGAUCUCGCCCUGGUCGGCUGCUACAACAAGUCCUCGAUGCCAGCGCAUGAACGCGAUCGGGUCAUGUUGGCCAGCGCCAAGCGUAAUCUGGCUGCCAUGGCGUACUUUGGACUGACGGAAUAUCAGAAGAUGUCCCAAUACAUCUUCGAGGAGACCUUCAACCUGCGCUUUGCCAUCCCCUUCGAGCAGCACAAUGCCACAAUAUCCGCAGCUGCCGUCACGAAUCUGCGUCCCGAUCAGCGGCGACGCAUCGAGAAGCUCAAUGGCCUGGACAUUGAGCUCUAUGCAUUCGCCAAGAAUUUACUAUUCCAGCGCUUUGAGCACCUAAAAGCGAAAGAUGCAAAUUUUGAGCAACGCUUUGCGAAUCUGGGCAAUAUAUUUUACAAGCAAGGAAUUACGGAGUUCAAUUGGGAUAGCAACAUCGAGGAUGCGCUUAGCACGGAUCAUUGAACGGAUCUUGGAAACCAAAAAUUAAUGUGUAGCAUUUCGUUUUUAAGAGCAGCCGCUUCCUUCCCCCAUAAAGCAUAAAUGAUGCAGUAGAAAAACAAAACAAAGGACUUUAAAUUAGUGUCUAAGCAUAAUGUUAACGAUUAUUAUAAACUGAUAAACUGAAUGCAAUGAAAAACAGAAACCUGCAAAAAACAAGCAACAAAAAUAUGGCAUUAGCUGCGCUCUCUCAUAAAUGUAACAAAAAUCUCUGUGCGCAUAUAGUAUAUGACAUUUAGGAUUGUAUUCUUAGAGCAGGUAGUUAUCCUACUUAUGAACUAACUGCUGCACUCCUUGCUGAUAAGUCGCACUCCACACAACACUCGUGUAUUGUAAAUAAAGCUACGUAUCUUAUAAAUAACAUAUAUACAAAUAUUAUUAUUUAAAUGCAUCCAGCGCAUAGACUACACGCCAUAAUUUAGUUUUAAUUUAAUGUUAAUGUAUUUAACCUGUUUAAAAACUUUUGUUAUGUAAAUUCUUUGCAAAAGCCAAAUCUACUAAAUCUAAAAACAAAUUCUCUUUUUUUUCUUUCUUUCUUUCUUAGAUCCAAAAAC